AUGGCCAACCGUGACUGCUGGGCAAAGAUUGCGAAGGGCGAGCCCAUCGACGAGUCUUUGAUGCGCCUUCCUGACGAUAGCGACGGUGGCCCACCCUUCCGCGAUCGCAUGAUCCAGCUGCUCUCUUCCUCCUCCGCUACUGCCGCCGUCACCUCAAGAGGUGGCCAACAGCCUAAAAUGUCCUCCAAGACUCCCCCCUCCAAAGCACUGGAGAUUACUGGAACGGCGUCCACGGCAUCGGCCUCACCAGUCGGGACCACGGUUGGCGGAAGAGCUCCAAGCGCCGAUUCGGAGGCACCACCACAGCCGGCGGCGACGGCGGCGCUACAGUAG